AAAGUCAUGUAAUGAAUUUUAUGUAAAAUUUUUAAAAAAUUUAUUAAUUUAUUUUUUUUUUUUUUUUUUUUUUAUAUUUUAGAAUAUAAAUCCAUCCGAUGUUAUUUAUCGAAUUUUUAUUCUUAUUUUUGAUUCUUAUAAAAAUAAUCUUGUAUCUGAUUAUUAUUUUAUUCAAUAUAGUAAUUUACGAGCAAUAAUUUCUCUAUGGUUAUUUGUUUAUUAUUAUGAAACAUUUUUAUUAAAACAAAAAAUUUCACAAGAAAAAUUAACUAUAUUAACUAAAUUACUUGAUAUGGAAUUGAUGAAAAUUAAUGAAUAUUAUUGUCAAGAUCAAAAUAAACAAAAACUUUUUAAAAUUCAUUUUAUGAAUACAUUUACUAUACUUGCUGAUCAACUUCAAGAAAUUCAUCCAGAUAAAUAA